AUGGACAGCUGUGAUGAACUCAUCCCAGUGUACCUGAACUUCAUCCGGGGUGUAGUGGACUCCGAGGAUCUGCCCCUGAACAUCUCCCAUGAGAUGCUGCAACAAAGCAAGAUUCUCAAAGUGAUUCACAAGAACAUUGUCAAGAAAUGCCUGGAGCUUUUUGCAGAGCUGGCGGAGGACAAAGAAAACUACAAGAAGUUCUACGAGGCCUUCUCCAAAAAUCUCAAGCUGGGGAUCCAUGAGGACUCUACCAACAGGAAACGCCUGUCAGAACUGUUGCGGUAUCACACUUCCCACUCCGGUGCCGAGAUGAAUUCCCUCUCCAAAUAUGUGUCCCGUAUGAAGGAAAACCAGAAAAGCAUCUCUUACAUCACAGGUGAGAGGAAGGAGCAGGUGGCUAACUCUGCCUUUGUGGAGCGAGUGAGGAAACGUGGUUUUGAGGUGGUGUACAUGACAGAGCCCAUUGAUGAGUAUAGCGUCCAGCAGCUGAAGGAAUCUGAUGGCAAGCCCUUGGUGUCCGUCACCAAAGAAGGGCUGGAGCUGCCAGAGGAUGAGGACGAGAAGAAGAAGAUGGAGGAGAGCAAAGCCAAGUUUGAGAAUCCUUGCAAACUCAUGAAGGAAAUCCUGGAGAAGAAAGUUGAAAAGGUGACGGUCUCAAACAGGCUGGUCUCCUGGCCCUGCUGUAUUGUCACCAGCACCUAUGGCUGGACCGCCAACAUGGAACGUAUCAUGAAGGCCCAGGCCUUGCGAGACAACUCCACCACGGGCUACAUGAUGGCCAAGAAGCACCUGGAGAUCAGUCCUGACCACCCCAUUGUAGAGACACUGCGUCAGAAGGCUGAGGCAGACAAGAAUGACCAGGCCCUCAAGGACCUUGUGGUGCUGCUCUUGGAGACAGCACUGCUUUCCUCUGGCUUCUCCUUGGAGGACCGACAGACUCACUCCAACCGUAUCUCUAGGAUGAUCAAGCUGGGGCUCGGGAUUGAGGAAGAUGAGGUUGCUGCUGAAGAGCCUACUGCCGCUGUCUCUGAAGAUAUUCCCCCUCUGGAAGGAGACGAGGAUGCCUCACGCAUGGAGGAGGUGGAUUAA